CCUGCCAGCUCCCGGCAGCCCGCGCGGUUCCGUACGGCAACAUGGCGGCGACGCUGGUGCAGUACGUGGUGCUCCGCGGGGAUCUGGCGCGGCCUCCCCGCUCGUGGCCGCUCGGUGCCGUGGUGGCUCAGGGCUGCCACGCGGCGCUGGCCGCCGUUCACGGUUACCGGGAGCAUCCCGACACCGGAGCGUACUUGGAGCUGGGCGCCGCCAUGAGAACCGUGGUGCUGGAGGUAGCGGCGCCGCCGCGGGGCAUGACGGGAGCUCCGCGCUGAGGGGAAGCCGGGCGCCAUCUUGGG